UGGGACUUUUUGAGUACCGAGAGAUACCCUUACCACUAAAUUCCAUACCGUGACAAUGGCUACGGAACGCUUCUCGUUCGACCAAGAGCGGUUGUUUCUCCUGGAUGAGCAACUAUCAGUGCAGCUGACUCUUAUCCAGUAUAUUUCGGGCCCUUUCACUGAGGCGCAACAGCAGAUCCGGCAGAAGCUUGCCGAAGUUAGCCCAGGUCACGAUCAUCACUGA